AUGGCGGCGAAAGGUACGAUUCCUGCUUUCAAUACCCUUAAGGAGUGUAUGGAAUUUCUUUAUUGGUUGAAAGAUGACAAGACGGGUAUGCAAAGCAGCGUUGCCAAUCGACUGAAAAGGCUGCUUAAAAACAGAUAUAAAGGUUUUACUCAAAGUGAAAUUGAAAGAGCACUUUCCAUAUUCCUUAGCGGAGUAUCCAAGUUUCAUACGAAAUUAUGCAAAAAUGCUCGCGGUCAUUACCUUGGUAAUAAAAGCCCUAGGGAUGUACUCUACGCUCUGUUAGCAUGUAUUCCCAGAUUGCUUUCCGCUAGCGCGCGAGCCAGGCGGCUGCGCAGCUCAGCUAUGGACGGCAUGGCACUGGUAGCCUAA